UUAUGAAAUUAAAUUUUAUGUUUCUAAUAUUUAUUUUUAUUUUUUUGUUUAUGUCAUAUCCAACAAAAGCACAUUUUUAUGUUCCUUGGUAUUUAUCUGGUAAUGUUGAAAAUAGAUUGACAUUUCUUGAACGACAAACAAAUCAAAAAAUAAAUAUGCUUAUAGCUAGAAUUGAAGCUUUGGAAAGGGAGUUGGGACUCGUUUAUAGAAUUUCAAUGCAAGAAUGGAAUAAUUCUGGCGCAGGAAAUAUAUACAAAAUAUUCAAUACCUCAAAAACAUGGGAAGAAGCAAAGAAUACUUGUAUGACUUUCGGCGCAAGAUUGGCUUCAAUAGAUUCUGACUACAAAAAUGCUUUUGUCCGAAAUAUGAUUGAACGUAGUUUUGGGAAAGAUGAAAGUGCGGAGGUUUGGAUUGGUUUAAAAACUAGAGCAGAAUUAACAAACAAUCCAAAUUCACAUUUUACUAAUUUUGAAGAGGAAGAAAAAAUUGAUGGAUGUGCUGUUAUGGGAAUAAAAGGAAAAUGGAAAAUUCGUUCUUGUAGUAAUUUGAAACCCUUUGUUUGUGAACAGAUUUUAAUGUGAAAAAUAAAAAU